ACUGUACGAACCGCCUCACCCGUUACACCGUAAAAGACAGGCACUGCUGCUGAACGACUCUCCGCGACCGAGGUUUCGUCGUGAUGGACGUUGGCCUGGUGAAAAUAGCCGAAGACAAAGAUUUCGAGAAGCUGAAGAAGUUGUACGACGACAACAACGACUGGAGGCUGGAUUACAACAAGCCCGACCUCUCGGUGUGGACCAAGACGGUGCCGGGGAUCAGUUUUCGCAUGGUCAAGAUUAGAACACGAUUUUCCGAUGUCUUGCCUGAAACAUUGUACGAUGUGUUGCAUGAUCCCGAGUAUCGAAAAGUUUGGGACACCCACGUCAUCGACUCGAAGGACAUUGGCUUUUUCAAUCCCAACAAUGACAUUGGCUACUACUCGAUGGCCUGCCCGUCUCCUUUGAAAAACCGAGAUUUCGUGCUGCAGAGAUCUUGGCUGGACACAGGACUGGAGCAAUUGAUCAUCAAUCACUCCGUCUUUCACAAGGAUUAUCCGCCGAAAAAAAGCUUCGUCAGGGCGACCUCGUAUCUCACAGGGUACGUCGUGAGGCCGUCGAGAAACGGGGAAGGCUCGGAACUCGGUUACGUGUCGCAUACGGAUCCCCAUGGCAAGCUGCCCGUCUGGCUGGUGAACAAAGUCACCCAAAUAUUCGCACCAAAGAUGGUGAAAAAAUUACACAAAGCAUCGGUGAACUAUCCCAGCUGGAAAUCGCUCAACAAUCCAAAUUUCAAGCCAUGGCACUUUCCGGAGCAGAUCAUGUCGCCGCGAAUAAGAAUAGAGGAUUGCGUGAAAUCAGCUGAGGAAAUGAAACAUAAAAACAAUUAUGUUGACGAGUCGAAUGUUAAGGAGGCGCGAAGUAAAGAUAUUGAAAUUAUGGACAGUGAUUAACCUUCCAUUGCGACAAGAUGACUGUCGAGAGAAAAGUAGGUAGACAAAUUCAUUCUUUUUAAAUUCAGCUUGAGACAAGUUCAAUGUUGUAGUUUAUGCGUAUAAGUGUUGUGAGUGGGCGCAAAUCAAAACGAAAAAAAAAGCAUGACGAUUGUUCGGUGAUUUUAUACGAUUGAAGUUCGAUUGAAAAAAAAAAAAAAAAAAAAAAACGAUUAAUAAAAAAAGCGAUUAUCGAGUCCUGAUCGAUCAAGAUGGACGAAAAAUGUUAAAGUUAUUAAUAAUCUGCUGUUACCGAUGGUCACAAUCAUUACGAUGUGAAUAUUAACACAGGCCGCGAGUGUGCCAGAAUGUUACAAGGCUCGGAUUUUUACGCGCCAAUUGUAUAGUCUUUUGAAAUAAAAUUUAACAAUAUGACGUUUUUUAGUCAUCGUAACAGUAAAGAAAAAAAUUAAAUUUAAUAAAAAAUCAAGCAAAACACGAAUAUAACGCGCAAUAUGCAGGGUAUAUCAAAUUGUACGUAAGUUUUUGCGUUAAAAAUCACUGGCAAACACAAUAAAGUUAAGAAAACUAAAAACUCGGGUUACAAGAAUAUAUAUCCCAUUACUGUGUACACUUUAUAUUGUGCGUUUUAACUUUAAUCUUGUUGCUCAUUGUACCGACAAAAGUAAUGUUGAAGAAUAAUAUGAUAAAAGGAAAAUGAAUUUUUAUAGAAAAAAAAAAAAAAAAAAUAUUUUU